UUAACCUGAGAUCGGUGUUUAAUGAAACGCCGAAAGCAGUGGUGCACGUGGUGUUCGGGUCGAAGCGUCCACCUCUGUGUGAAGUCACAUGGCUAACAAGCAAGUUGUCUCUCAUGGGAGCACAUGAGGAGGACUCUGUGCUGCUGCAGAUACUGAAGAGGCCGGUGGUUCUUCAACAAGAACGUGGAGAAGAUGUCACGUGUUACCACAGCCCUCAGCAGCAAUGCCAUCACUGGCCGAACAAUGUUCUGCCACUUGGACGCGUCGGCCAACGCCAUCAGCGUGUGCCGCGACGCAUCGCAGGUGGUGGUGGCUGGCCGCAACAUCUUCAAGAUCUACGCGCUUGAGGAGGAGCAGUUUGUGGAGAAGCUGAAUCUCCGUGUUGGUCGAAAGCCCUCGCUCAACUUCAGCUGUGCAGAUGUGAUGUGGCACCAGAUGGAGGAGAACCUUCUGGCCACAGCUGCCACCAACGGGGCGGUGGUCACCUGGAACCUGGGGAAACCGUCUCGUAACAAGCAGGACCAGCUGUUUACCGAGCACAAACGCACCGUCAACAAGGUGUGCUUCCACCCCACAGAGGUGUACAUGCUGCUGAGUGGCUCGCAGGACGGCUUCAUGAAGUGCUUUGACCUGCGCAAGAAGGAAUCCGUCAGCACUUUCUCAGGUCAGUCAGAAAGUGUAAGGGACGUCCAGUUCAGCAUGAAGGAUUAUUUCACCUUUGCUGCAUCCUUCGAGAACGGCAACGUCCAGCUGUGGGACAUCAGACGACCUGACCGCUACGAGCGAAUGUUCACUGCCCACACUGGCCCUGUGUUCUGCUGCGACUGGCACCCUGACGACAGGGGAUGGCUGGCCACAGGAGGCAGAGACAAGAUGGUGAAGGUUUGGGACAUGACUACUAACAGGGCCAAGGAGAUCUACUGUGUCCAGACGAUCGCCUCCGUCGCACGAGUCAAGUGGCGCCCUGAGAGAAAGUACCAUCUGGCCACCUGUUCCAUGAUGGUGGACCACAACAUCUAUGUGUGGGACAUUCGCAGACCUUUCAUUCCCUUUGCCACCUUCGAGGAACACAAAGAUGUGACCACAGGUAUCGUGUGGCGCCACCAGCACGACCCUCAUUUUCUGCUCUCUGGCUCAAAGGACAGCACGCUCUACCAGCACAUGUUCAAGGACGCCACUCGUCCAGUGGACAAGGCAAACCCCGAGGGUCUGUGCUUUGGACUGUUAGGCGACUUGGCUUUUGCAGCCAAGGAGAGUCUGAUCAGCAGUGACCCCAGCAGAAAGCCUUACCUCGGAGGAGACCGCCGCUACCCCAUCUUUUUCUUCAAGAAGCCCGACCCGACGGAACAGUUUGCUCAUGUGUCCAGUGCUCUUAGCGUCUUUGAGACAGACUUGGCCAGUAACCGCAUGGACUGGUUUGUCAAGACCGCACAACUCUACCUCCUCUGUGGGAAGCCAUUUGCUGAGCUGUGUGAUCACAAUGCCAAGGUGGCCCAGGAGCUCAAGAGACCUCAGGUUUCCACAACUUGGACCAUGCUGAGAAUCAUGUUCUCUGACCCUGCAAACCUCACAGCGUCUGGUCCAAACCUCAACCUGAGUAAACUCGGCACCUUGCCUUUAAUGAACAGUUUCAAUUUGAAGGAGAUUGGUGCCGGGAUGGGCACAGAGAGCAGACUAGAGCGCAGUAAAGGGGAGAGCCGGCAGGACAACAUCCACCUGGAGCCUGGAAACUUGCACAUCAGCAAUAAUAAUGAAGAAAAUGAGGAGACGGAGGGCAGUGAGGGCCAGGCUGAGUACAUGUUCGGUGAUGCUGAGUUAGAUGAUGACGACCUCUAUUCUAUGGAACAUGACAACCCAACAGAAGAGCCAGAGUACACGCUGCCCCAGGAGGCCUUCCCGCUGCGCCACGAGAUCCUGGAUAACCCCGCCGCUCCUGAGCACCUUCAACAGGACAAGUCGGACUCCCCGCACGUCAGUGGCAACGAGGCAGAGGUCACCUGCCUGACGCCCAUCGAGUCCUUCUCCCUCAUCUCCAUCUCCCAGCCGCUGUUCAGCCCACAUCUACCUGCCAGCUUCUUCUGCCCCAUAGUGCGGGAGAUGCUGAGCUACUACGCUGAGCAGGGCGACGUGCAGAUGGCCGUAUCUGUGCUCAUCGUCCUGGGGGACCGGAUACGUAAAGAGAUUGAUGACCUAACCCAGGAGCACUGGUACAUGUCCUACAUAGACCUGCUGCAGCGAUUUGAGUUGUGGAACGUCUCCAAUGAGGUCAUCAAGCUGAGCACGUGCAGCGCCAUCACCUGCCUGAACCAGGCGUCUACAACACUACACAUCAACUGUAGUAACUGCAAGCGGCCAAUGAGCAACAAGGGCUGGAUCUGUGACAGGUGCCACCAGUGUGCCAGUGUAUGUGCAGUGUGCCACCACGUGGUAAAGGGACUGUUUGUGUGGUGUCAGGGCUGCAGCCACGGUGGACAUCUGGAGCACAUAAUGAACUGGCUGAAAAGCAGCACUCACUGUCCCGCCGGCUGCGGUCACCUGUGUGAGUACACCUGAGCCCAUCACAACUGCUGCUCAUGCAGCUAUUUCUCUGUGGGAGUGGGAAUCUGUCCACACACAGACCUGUAUCAUCAUCAACUCACCUUCAUCCCUCUGUGAGGAUCAGACUCCUCAGACUGCGGAGUCUGAAGGAGGAUUCGUUUUCCGUGUGUUCCAUGUUUUCUUCCGGACAGCUACUCACAAGAAACACAAUCAUGAAUGGAUUCACUUUUACACUUGAAUCGAUUUUGGAACCUUUUAUUUUUUUUUUGUACGUGAACAGAUGUUACGAUACAUAUACAAAGAAUUCAACAAUAUAUUUCUUGAAUUCACCUUUGCUGCAUUUUACAUAGAUUUUAAACCCCUCAGUAAAACAUUGAAGGCUGUACAGUGAGAAUUGUUUGUCUCAUCCUAAGUGGAUUGUCAAUGUUUGUACAUAAUGUCUAAAACCUAUUUUUUAAAAACUGUAGAAAUUAAUUUAUGAAAGAUUGCUCUUUAUUCAAGAAGUGCAUUAAAGCAAUAACCACAGACUAGA